AUGUACGUCCUCAGCAAUGUGGCUUCUGGGAAUGAAUUCCACAUGGAAGCGGUCAUGAACCAACUUUUUCCACAGGCAGGCAGUGAUGCGCAAACGAUUUUGAUCAAGUUUCUGCGGAGUACUGACAGCCGAUUACGAACAGCUUCUCUUCAUGCAAGAACAGCUCUUGGACAAUCAAUGAUGUCCGGGAUCAGCAUCAGACUUUUUAUUUUUCAACUGGUUCCUCAGAGAAACUCGGGAAGCAUGCACUCCAAUCCCAAGAAUUCAAACCUCAGAGAAUCCAGUUUUUAUGAGGUUUCAAAUUCUACAUUAUUGUCUGAAUCUUGGAGGAAAAAAACUGGAUACAGUUCCUUCCCAACAGUAAUGAUGCUAGGACAUGUGUCAGAUUCAACGUCAUUGGAACAAGCUAUGGACGGCCAUUCACACACUGAGGAUGUCACGAAUGACGAAGAUGCUGCUGCGGCCAAACAAUCACGUUGUAGUAUUCCUCCGUAUCCAGAUAGAAAUUAUGGAGUGGAAGAUCCUAAUUUACCACAAGGUUCUUUGACCAUACGUCCAAGGAGUGAUGACAGCCUAGUGCAGCCCCCACAUCCUGAGCUUGUUGGGCACUCGAUCACCUGUGCUUCGAAUCCGCAUUACCCGUAUUAUGAAGGAAUGAUGGCAGCUUAUGGUCAGACUUUGGUUCCUCCUCAUUUAUUAGACGUGCAUCCAGCCAGAAUGCCUUUGCCGCUCGAGAUGGCACAGGAGCCUGUUUAUGUGAAUGCCAAGCAGUACCAUGGAAUUUUGAGGAGAAGGCAGUUGCGUGCUAAAGCAGAACUCAAGAAGAAGGCAAUAAAAUCUCGAAAGCCUUAUCUUCAUGAGUCCCGACAUCAACAUGCAUUGAGGAGGGCAAGAAGUUCUGGAGGACGUUUUGCAAAGAAAUCAGAUGCCGACGCUUUGAACAGGACAGAGUCUGGUUUGUCCGUCUCAUCACGUUCUGAACCCUUGCCAUCGGAGUUCAAUGGAUUGGAAGUUCACGAAAUUCAGCAUUUACAUGGCAAUGAUCUCAGCAAUUUUAGAAAGAGAACCAACUUGCAAGAGCCAGCAUAUGAGUCUCGUUUUGGCUAG